GGGGGUACACAAUUCUCUCUGCGUACAAGCAAUUUGACGCUUUAAAAACUCCGCAAAAGUUUGGAGCAAAAUGAAUUACAGCAGCCUCCAUUAAAUUAAUCACCAGGAAAUAGAUGUACCAGUCUCAGUGCAAAUCAAGCAGUCCAUCAUUAUCGACCAUUGGUGAGCAGAGCAGCAUGGCAGUGCUCAUCACCUACAAGCCUACUACUUUCAAGAACAACUCUAUGCCGAUAAUCCUACCACAAUUGGGACCAUCCGUCUGUGAAAAAAUCUAGUCAUGGUGGAUGAAUGUACCGACCAAUGCAAGCAAAGCCUGCGAGUCUGUGUCAUCAUAUCGCCACUCUGAUUAUUUCUCUCCCUGGCUGUGGCGUCCAGCAGUCCCAUCCCAUCAGCAGCUCAUCUCAGAUCACGUCUCGAAUUUCCAAAACCUGGGCAGCUUAACAGGCUCUAUACAGAGAACGAUGGCAUGAUCUCUCGUCUACGAUGCUCGUAUCAUAGACUGCGACGCUAGAUCUACUACGGAUGUCCAAAAUCCAUGCGACGCCUGGAAUGUUCACAAGGCCCGAAAUACCAGAAGGACGGUCAACUAUGCGGGAAUUUGGCGCCUGCACCAUUCCUGCAUGUGGUCCCGGGCGCUUACGCUACGGGAGGGUGAGAGUGACGAGCUCCGGGCGUGAGCAGUUCACGCUCUGGCUUGGGAAGAUGUGCAGUUGCUAGAAAACCUGUCACGUGGGGGGAUGGCCCUCAUCUUCAGAAGAUGACCUCGGGCCUCGUUCAAUUGGCUUCUCCGCGCUGAGCUCCGAAGGCUCCGUCCACUCACUGGGGUCGAUCAUCGAUCGCAGGGUCCGAUCGUGUUAUCCCGAUGAUAAUGCCCUCGGGGAGAGAGGAUCGCAACCGCCUCAUCGACCUUUGAGCUCCGGCAGCUCAAGGAACAGCUCUGAGCCCUCCGUUCGACGGCCUGCGUCGCCACGGGUACAGAUCGGGUCCGGCGGUGGACAUGGAGACUCUCGGAACUGGGAAUGUCAACAGCCCUGUUGCGAAUCGGUUCCUUGGAUUCGUCGGAGGAAUCGACGAAACGACAUGCAGUCAACAGUUGCCUGCUAGUGCUUCGGUGGUGGUCCCGGGUGCUGAUACUGCGGAUGCUCGCGGACCUUCCUUCUGCAUUGUACGCCAAGCUUGCAACGCAUGGAGUUUUGACCUCCUGCCGACAGUUUCGUGGAGCUUGCAGCAACGCCAGCAGCUCACUGUUGGGCCUGAUCAGGCUAGCCUGAGAGCCUGAGAGCCUGAGAGCCGGGGACCCGGGGAGCCUGGGAAUAUAACCCGCCUCACGCAGUCCUUCCCCUCGAUCGUCUCAGCGUGAAACCUCAGCGACAGCACGAUGCCAAAAGGCCCUCUGAAACGACGAAUCGACGAGGUUCUUCUACGGCUUCAUGUCACGUUCCUUGCCCAAUUGAAGCCGCUAAUUCUGAUGAGUAAAGAACACUUUCCCUUUGGGCGACUCGAGAGCUUUGAAGCCGCAUUUCUGCAGCUGGUCUCUCGGUCCCUCUGUUUCAUAGCUGUCAGAUUCGUGAAUCUGUCAAGAUAUGGGACCUUCGGCACACACCAUCCAUAGCGUAGCUGCAAGGAAUCAACACUGGACAAUGAUAGAGGCGCAGGCCAGCCAACGUUUCACUCGAGCAAGUUGUUUGGAUAAUCUAAUAUCCGAGAUGUUAACAGAAUGAUUCCUGGACUUCGUUGACUCUGGAAUCAGUCGCCAUUGCAUUCCGGUAUUCCGGGAGAUAUCAGAUUAAGCUUUUUGUAGAGACUUUUGAAUUCGUAGCGACCGUCGCAAGGCGAGCUCCAUCCAUUUAAUUGACUUCGAUGCUGGUCCGCCCUCUCGCAUAUUGUUAGUAUUGACGAUGGCUAAGAGUCCAGGCCUUCCUGCAGGUUCGUUGAAGUCUCCGAGAUCUAGAAUUGAGAUUCCUGCUCCAGUAAGCUCAGCUUUCUGUGCACCUUCGACGGUCAAGUUCGUGAUCGAGCAGAAGCCUUUUAGGAAACUAAAUGAGAAAAUUUACGAAAUUGCCGAUUGGAAUGGCAAGAGGCUGUUUGAGGCAGACAGUUUACUCUUUGGGGGCUCAAGGCGUCUCCGGGAUGACAAAGGCCUGGUUCUAGCUCACCUGAAGAAAAAGAUUGUGACAAUGCACGAACGAUGGGAAGCUCACCGCGGUGAAAACUCGGACGAGCUGGUUUUCAUCUUGAGAAAGGAGAGCAUGUUCCACAAAACAGCUUACAAUGUAUUUCUUGCAUCCAAUCUAUCGAUGCAAACACCUGAUUUCACAGUCAGGGGUGACUUCGAGGAGCAGACAUAUUCUAUACGUCACAAGGACAUGCCUGUCGCAGAGGUGAGCAAGACCUUAUAUCCGUACGUAGAUCAACUAUGUGUGACAAUCUUCCCAGGAGUUGAUCAAGCCUUCAUUGCCGCAAUCCUUGUCGUUAUGGACCAAAUAAAAGACGAUGACAAUAAAUUUGGAUCUGGAUGGGUAGGAUGUACAUGUGUACCUCUUGAUUUAGGAGGACUUCGUUAACAACAAAGAGGAACCUGUUCAAAGACUGUUACCAUUGAUGCAUGUACUACAGGCUCUUGUCAGUUGUCACAGUAUUGACACUGUGGUGUUGCUGCCUUUCUGACUCGCUUCAGUGAGAUGCGACGUACUGACAAGCACAGCAACCGAUGAAGCACUAUUGCGGUACAUCUGUUUCUCUGAUAGUCACAUCUGCUGUUCAUGUGUCUCAAUUGUACACCUUUCUC